GAGUAUUCGCCUAAGCGUACUCCUCCCCCCCUCCAUCCGCCGACGCGUCAAAGCCUCCGAGAGUCCCUUUGCCGUCCGGCGCGUCGUCCCCACCAGCGGCGCCUACUUCGGAGCCACUGACUCGCCAAGGAGCAACAGGCUGACGCCACUCUCCUUGGCUUGGGUUAGCUUGGGGCGAGAUCCGACACCACGCAGUGACAGGGGGGGAAGGGGAGAGAGAGAGAGAGAGAGAGAGAGAGACCGCUUUUUCCCUUCCGUCCGAAGGCUCACAGGCCUCACAGCACAGCGGAGCGCAGAGUUGCCAAAGCUGCGGCAUCAUUAAUGCGACGCAGGUUGUUGCCAGAUCGCUGCCAGCCGAGUGAGCCGAGCGGGCCGAGUCGAGUCGACGUAACGCAGCGACGAGGUAUCAGAGCCAUUCUCGUCGGGUCGGAGCAGCAGUUCUCGCACGGAGACCGGGACGGUGUGUGGCCGAGUCGGGUCGCGACUCUUCCAGAGGAGAAUAAGCCCGUGCGUCUCCUCCUCCUCCUCCUCCUCCUCCUUAUCCUCAGUCCUCACGCUCGCCCGCAACAAUCCGCAUGCCGCGUCGCGUUGGGUCGCGGCUCGUGAUCGCGACUUCCUCAAAGUGCUCCUUUUAAUGCUCGACGACCCUCGGCCAUCCGGCCGUCGCGCUUUCGCGGUGCCAUAAAUCCGUUUUGCGUAUCAUGUUCCUCGCCGUCGCCGUCGCCGUCGCCGCCGACGUCGUCGUUGUACCUUGUAGUGAAGUAUCGAGGAACAGUGGAGCGUGAGGAGAUCACGAAGACACGACGAUAGUGAAUUCGUUCACUUGGCGAAUGUGCAUCGCGCGCGCUCCGUUCCGGAGCAUCUCAGGAGGAGACUUGUUGAACGACACGUACGACAACACAUUGAGUACGACGUCGUGCGUUAUCGUCGAAUUGCUAGACGAACGCUCGACGCGGGCAGCGAGCGAGCGGUAGGCGGGAUCUCUGGAAGAUUGAGAGAGUGCUCCUUCCCUCUCUCUCUCUCUCUCUUUCUCUUUCUCUUACUCUUUUUUUCUCAGGUCUCGUUUCCUGUGCUCUCGCACUCGUCACGUGUCCACUCAGGUAGGGCGAGUCGUAUCGUCGGAGAGGUGGAACCGACUCCUCGAGAAGAGUGACUCUCGCAGUCUCGAACGGUGUGGGCUACCCGUAACACCGAGAUUGACGGAGAUCGGGGAAGCGAUCUGUGGAGCGCGCAGUGUGGAGAUUGUCGGGGCGGAGGGCGGUGAGAAGAGACUGUGAGAGAGAGACUAUCCCCAUUGAUAUCGCGGGGAACGCUGCUGGUGCCCAACAGCGGCGACGGUGACGGCGGCGACGGCGACGGCGACGACGGCGGCAAUCACGGAGUUGUGUAUUAUUCUAUCGCGUACAGGUGGAAAAGGAAACAGUGAUCAUUUAUAGGAAUGAGACGAUCGUAGGGAAAGAAAGGGAGAGACGGAGUACGGAUUCGUGUGCGGGUGAUACGACGCAUAUAAGUAAGGCGUCGUGAAGAAGGUGAUCCGCGGAGCAAAGUUGGAGCUCGGAGCGGAGCGCGGAAGCGGCGAAUAGAUAGGCGUAGAAAGAGCGACGAGGACGCGGUGAUACGAAGAGGGAAAGGGAGAGAGACGAAGAGGACGUAAGCAACAGGCAGAGGAAGAGUAGUAAGAGAGCAGCGAACGUGUGAUCCAAAAUGGCGCUGAAUCAAGACGUGGACCAGUUGUCCAAGAGUAAUCCCGUCGUCAGGGUCGACCAGAAUUCCGAGUCCGAUCUCCAGGCUCUCUUCGACACCGUCCUGAAGCCCGACUCGAAGCGGCCGUUGCAGGUGCCGCUGCGCCUGCGCAACCUGCCGGAUUCCUUCUUCAAUCCACCGUCCACCGGUAGCAAGAGCCCCUCGAUCUCGCACUCGCGCGAGAACUCUGCGGAUUCCGCGUUCGGUGCUGCCGUCCCUGCGACACCAAACGGCGGUGGCGGCGGCGGCGGCGGUAAGCAGCGCAGCUACGACGUCAUCAGCACGGUCGACGACCUGGGCCCGCUGCCGCACGGAUGGGAGCAAGCGCGCACCCCCGAGGGCCAGAUCUACUUCCUCAAUCACCUGACACGCACCACGACAUGGGAAGAUCCGCGGAAAACGGCUGCUGCCGCAAGCGUGGCCGCAGUAGCCGCGGCAGUCGAGAGCAGCAAAUCCAAUGCUCUCGGUCCAUUGCCCGAUGGAUGGGAACAGGCGCGUACAGCCGAGGGCGAGAUUUAUUUCAUCAAUCACCAAACUCGCACCACUUCCUGGUUCGAUCCGCGAAUCCCAUCGCAUCUCCAAAGAACUCCGGCGUCCGGCGCGAUGCUGCCACAAAACUGGCAACUUCAACAACCCACCGGCAUCCAAAGCAACCAGAAUCUACAGGCCUGCCAGAAGCAGAAGAUUCGUCUUCAAUCGUUGCAGUUGGAACGUGAACGUUUGAAACAGCGACAACAGGAAAUUAUGCGCCAGGUUGGCAUUCAACAAGAGAUGAUGCUGCGACAGAGCACCACGGACGCCGUCAUGGAUCCGUUUUUGUCAGGCAUUAACGAGCAUGCACGCCAGGAGAGCGCCGAUAGCGGAUUGGGACUCGGUUCUGCAUAUUCACUGCCUCAGGCUUCCGACGACUUCCUCAAUAUAGACGAAAACAUGGAUGGCACGAGCGACGGAGGUGCGCCGAUGGACACGCCGGAUCUCUCAACCUUGAGUGACAAUAUCGAUUCGACAGAUGAUCUCCUGCCGUCACUUCAGCUGAACGAGGAGUUCAGCACCGAUAUUUUGGACGACGUGCAGUCACUCAUAAAUCCUAACACGACCAAGCCGGAGAACGUGCUGACUUGGCUAUAGGAUUAGAAGUGAUACUGCGGCAGAUGUCGGCCUAUUUAAAAGGAUAGGUAUUCAGGUUCUCGAAGUGGAAACUUUAUUCAGAUCUAGAUAUUAACCUGCGGUCAAUUAAUUGCAUCAUCGAGCAAUGUUGUUUUCAAUAUUUUCAAUCAAUGAUGCAAUUUUUAUUUCUUUAUAAUUUUGUAGGUUAGAUUAUAUUAGAUUAGGAUAGAAUUAAGUGUCUACUUCGAACCUAAACACCUAUUUUUUUUAUUUAUUUCUUUUUAUUUGGAUUUUUGCGGGAAUAUAUUACCACGCUAAAACAAUCAGGAUAUUGUUGGAAUAUAUUUUUUCAUUUCAAGUUUCUCAUAACAGAAUGAUAGAAUUGAGAAUUUAAU